GACCUCUACAACGAGGUCCGCAAAUCUGAUGGAUCUCAAUCUCCAUGCUUGACUAUUUCCCACUUUAGGAUGGAUGCCUCGACAGAAAUCCCACCGUUUCCACUAUUUCAUUUGCCCACAGAGAUUGUGCUUGAGAUUGUAGAGAAGCUGGCACCACCGCCUCCGUCACUGACCGACCGAGACGCAAUCUUUGGGAGACCUGGAGAAUGUUCAUUGGCGAACCCAAUAUGGUUCCAAUACGACGCCUGGCCUAGCAGCCACGCGAUAUCAGAAUCUGGCGUUCUUUUCAGCACUCUCAGUGCCCUAUGUCGGACGUGCCACCAUCUGAACGAUGUGGCCAGGCCGUUCCUCUAUCGCUCCAUCAUUUUCGGGCGGGGCAAACGUAUGGUGCUUCUGUUCAGAACCUUGAUCGAAAACCCGGACUUGGCCCUACUCAUUUCGAAGUUGUUUUUCGUGAGUACGAUGGCCGAUCAAAAGACGGUGGCCAACAUCAGGCAGUAUUGGCGCAGGUACAUCGAGAGCGAAUACGAUCAAGAUGAGAGGAUGGGUCGAACGUCGAGGGUCAAUGUCCAGCGGCUGUCACCAACGUCAAUGUCAACGCUGUUGUGGGCUGACUUUAUUUUCUGGUCGGCUGAGAACAAACCGCGGAUUUGCCUUCCCUUUGACAUGACUCGGAUCUCCAGCGUUAUACUGUCGCUGACGAAGCGCGCCGACACUGUUCUAGCGAGACUCCCGCUUCGCAGCGAUGGGCAAUGGAGUCGAGUCAAGGCGCCUGUACAUGGUCUUUGGUAUUUCAACGACCAGGCUCGGUCCGACUGGCGACCAGACCUUUCCUCUGUUGUCACUUUGCAGUUGAAAUCCGAUUGCGAUCUCGGGGAGUGGUACGACCAACAACUAUACAUAUCUCUUGCCUCGUUUCCGAAUCUGAAAACGCUCGAGCUGUGUCUCGACCGAUCCAAUCUACUGUUCGAAGAGCAUAGCGACUUCUCCAGGAUUGAAAAUCUGAGGCUCAUUCACGCUGUUGUUUCGUCUGGGUUCAUGGCCAACUUGGUGCAAAGAUGCAGCGGCUUGCAGACCUUGUACAUCAAUUGCGUGCCAUCGUACACUGAUCAAAUUCUCGAGUCCACCUCAAAUGAGAGCGACCUUAGUCAGGCUUUACACUACACGCCAGAGCUGAGAAGCCUGCACAUACAAUACACCCAAGAUUGGCGACUUGGCACAUACGGUCGGGAAAAGCUGGGUGACAGAUUCGAGAAUGAUGUUAGAGCCGGGUCGUUCUCACACCUCACGAAGUUGGAAUAUCUAACAGUCGAGACGAUGGCCUUAUGGGGAUCACAUCCAUCGUUUUGCCGGACACACUCUCAACGCCGUCUUGCCAACUUCCUACCAAAAUCCUUGGUGCGGUUGGAGCUUCUCGAGGUGUGGUAUGACCCUACGGAGGCAGAGCUGGAUAGUUUCACUGUUGCAGACCGUUGUCGUUCCUUCACAGACAUGCUCCAAGAUCUGGCAAACGACCAUACUAGGCUUCCCAAUUUGCGGGAGGUUGUGGUCCAAACUAAUUGGUCCGAUUGUGAUUCACUAGUUGAGGAAUCCAGCUACUUUGAUGGGUUUGUGAGAGAUUCUCAACAAAUACUUCAAGCCGUGGGCAUCGAUUUCAAUGCCAAGAGUCGAUCCGAGGAUGUGUUACUGCCUAGGAGAGCUUCAAAACGCAGAUCGUAAAUCAUUUGAUGUCAAUGAUAUGCUCUGCAGAAACUUUUAGCUCAAAGCUGUAUACUCCAUUAUCCAAUGUAUGACACCCAUCUCUAACAGACAUACUUUCUCCUGAGUGAGAGGACC